UGCCGUGGGCCAGAUAACAAACUCAGCCUGCUCAGGCCGCCCCUCCCUAAAAGGAAGAGGAAAUGACGGAGCCCAAGGGAACAGUGACAUUCAAAGAUGUGGCUAUUGAUUUCACCCCUGAAGAAUGGAAGCAAUUGGAUCCUAUUCAGAGGAACCUAUAUCGGAAUGUGAUGCUAGAGAAUUAUAACAACUUAAUCACAGUGGGCUCUCCACUUACCAAACCUGAUGUGAUUUUCAAGUUGGAACAAGAGGAAGAGCCAUGUAUUGUGGAGAAAGAAAUGGUAAAGAGACACAGUCCAGGUGAAAUUUGGGGAAGUGAAGAGCACCAGAAAACCCAGAACAAACUCUUGAGACAAGUUUUCAAGGAAACAGCGGCUGAUGAAGCCAAUGAAUGUCCUAAGAAAUUUGCAAAUCCAUUUCCUCUGACUGCCGAUUCCAUUCCUUCCAGACACAAUCGCUACGAUCAUGACUGCUUUGGAAAGUGUUUAGAAAAUAAUCUUGAUGAUCAUAAUAAUGUAAAAUGCUCAAUGACAGAGGAACAUUUUGAAUAUGACGAUGAUAUGAAAUCGUUUAAUAAUAGGUCUCCCUAUUUUGUAGUGACCCCCUUUAAGUGUAAUCACUGUGGAAAAGGCUUUAGUCAAACCCUGGACCUUAUCAGACACCUGAGAAUUCAUACUGGUGGGAAACUCUAUGAAUGCCACCAAUGUGGAAAAGGUUUUAGCCUCAAGGAAAAGCUUAUUAAUCAUCAUAAACUUCAUAGUAGGGAACAGUGUUAUGAGUGUAAUGAAUGUGGGAAAACUUUCAUUAAAAUGUCAAAUCUCAUUAGACAUCAACGAAUUCAUACUGGAGAGAAACCGUAUGCAUGCAAGGAGUGUGGGAAAUCCUUCAGCCAGAAAUCUAAUCUCAUUGAUCAUGAAAAAAUUCAUAGUGGUGAGAAACCUUACGAGUGCAAUGAGUGUGGAAAAUCCUUCAGCCAAAAACAAAGCCUCGUUGCACAUCAAAAAGUUCACACUGGGGAGAAACCUUAUGCAUGUAAUGAAUGUGGCAAAGCCUUCCCUCGAAUUGCUUCCCUUGCUCUUCACAUGAGAAGUCACACAGGAGAAAAACCUUAUAAAUGUGAUAAAUGUGGAAAAUCCUUUUCUCAGUUUUCCAUGCUAAUUAUUCACGUGAGAGUCCACACAGGCGAGAAACCCUACGAAUGCAACGAGUGUGGGAAAGCCUUCUCUCAGAGCUCAGCACUAACUGUACAUAUUAGAAGUCACACGGGUGAGAAGCCCUAUGAAUGUAAGGAAUGCAGGAAAUCCUUCAGCCACAAGAAAAACUUCAUUACACAUCAGAAAAUCCACACCAGAGAGAAACCGUAUGGCUGUAACGAGUGUGGGAAAGCCUUCAUUCAGAUGUCAAAUCUUGUCAGGCAUCAGAGAAUUCAUACUGGAGAAAAACCUUACAUAUGUAAGGAAUGUGGCAAAGCUUUUAGCCAGAAAUCAAAUCUCAUUGCUCAUGAAAAAAUUCAUUCUGGGGAGAAACCCUAUGAGUGUAAUGAGUGUGGAAAAGCCUUCAGCCAGAAACAAAACUUUAUUACCCACCAGAAAGUUCACACCGGAGAGAAACCUUACGAUUGUAACAAAUGUGGCAAAGCCUUCUCUCAGAUUGCGUCCCUGACUCUCCACUUGAGAAGUCACACAGGAGAAAAACCUUAUGAAUGUGACAAGUGUGGGAAAGCCUUCUCUCAGUGCUCGUUACUCAAUUUACAUAUGCGAAGUCACACAGGCGAGAAGCCGUACGUCUGUAAUGAAUGUGGGAAAGCCUUCUCUCAAAGAACUUCCCUGAUCGUGCACAUGAGAGGCCACACUGGUGAGAAACCCUAUGAAUGUAAUAAAUGUGGGAAAGCCUUCUCCCAGAGCUCAUCCCUUACUAUACACAUCCGCGGGCACACAGGCGAGAAACCCUUCGACUGCAGCAAAUGUGGAAAAGCCUUCUCUCAGAUCUCAUCUCUUACUCUUCAUAUGAGGAAGCACACAGGAGAAAAGCCCUAUAACUGCAUUGAGUGUGGCAAGGCUUUCAGCCAAAAGUCACACCUCGUAAGACACCAGAGAAUCCACACUCACUAGGAACUCCGGAACGCUGUGAAUGUGGGGACUGCCUUCCAGUGAAAUGAACACCUCGUAGCACUCUACACCAUCGAUUCUAUAGCAGGAAACUAUGAAUAGAGGAAAGCCUUGUGAAGAACCCACACAUUUAUUAGAGAAUUCUCAGUGAGAUGACCAAUUGUAGGACAAAACUGAGAAACUGUGAACAAACCAAU